AGAAGAGGCCAAGAGUAAAAUGGAAACCAGGUCCUCGUAUUUCUCAACUCCAAGCAAGUCAUUUAUUGAUAAGAUUAUCUUUUCAAUAGUGGAUGAAGUUCAUUAAGCUUAGUUCCUCGACCAUAUAUCCGUGUGAUGCCUAGGAAACAGCAGAAAAGAAAACAUUCAGCACUAAUACACUCCGAAGAAGAAGAAGAGCAAAGACAGUAUGAAUUAAAACCUGAACCAUCCAUGGAGAACAACACAAGUAACAACACAACAGAGGCUAAACAUGAAGGCUUACAAGACGAGGAGGACUUACCAGAUAAUUCCACAAAUAAUAUGGACAAUCAAUCAUCUAGCAAUAGCAUUGCUCAUCUUACUGAUUUCAUGGAUUCUUUGGCUAAUGAAAAUCAACUGGAUAGUGCAACACGACCAAAAAGAGCAAGAUUUAUACCAGAUUCAAAUGCAAUAUUUGAUGAUUAUAACAGCCUAGAGUUGCCUCUGCUGAAUAUUCCACCAGUACAAAGUCCAUCAAGCUCAAGUUCAACUGAAAACUAUCAUUCAUUUAGUGGUGGUUUAACAGAUUCUUCUAACAGUCUCACUUCAGACAGGGAUCUUCUUGAUUCAGAUAAUGGUUCUGAUGACAAUUUGUUAGGUGAAAGAUUUCCAACUUCAGAAGUGCAUGAAGUAAUAGAUUUGAGUUCCCCAGCACUUCCAAGAGAUUCUUCAGAUAUAGUUGAUUUAACAUUGGAACCAAAUUCCCCAACUAGAAGUAACUUUGUAGACUUGACAAGAGAAUCAGUGGAACAGAGUGAUUCUAGUCCAAUAAUAGUGAGUGUCAAUAAAAUUUAUCAAAGGAGAUCUGUGAUUGAGUCAAGACCAUCUUGCAGAUUCCAAGUAACACCAUCAUGUAGUUCCAACCAAGAACAUAGUACAGCAGAAGAAAACCAUAUAUGUGAUGCUGAUGAUGAUAUCAGCGUAGAAAACCUUGCUGGGGAACAUAGUGUAAAUAAUAACAGUUAUAAUGGAUCCACAAGUUGUGGGGAGAGCAAGAGAAAUAAGGAGAAAGAACAGUUUGAUAAAAGUAUAACAUGCCCAAUAUGUCUGGAUGAUGUCCACUUAAUCAAGAGAAAAAGACAAUUGAGUUCAACAACUUGUGGCCAUGUCUUUUGUGAUAAAUGCAUUAAAAAUGCCAUCAAGACACAAAGCAGGUGUCCAACUUGUAGAAAAAAACUGACAUUAAGACAAAUUCAUCCACUUUUUCUAUAGUAGUGUGUGGUGAAAAAUAGCAAUUUUUUCAAGAUAUUUGGUGUUUUUUCCUGGGAAUCGUCAAAUACACCCAGCAUCAUGUUACAAUGGAAUGGAACUAGUACCUAACUUAUAAAUAGCUGGACCCAUAGCUUUACUUUUCUUAAAGGGGGUUUAAAGUCUUGAAUUUCAGUCUCUGUGCUCUAAAAGGUACAAAAUGAAUAAUGUUAAAUUUUGUUGAAGUUGAAGAGAAAGUUCAAUGGAAUGACUGAGGAAAAUUGUCUUUCAGUUUGAUAUCUUUGGGUGCAACCAAUUAGACAGUACGAGAAAAUAACCAUAUCUUUCUGGGAAGGGGUUGGUGCUAGACCUCACUGCAAUGCCAAGAUUAUCAAUCUCCAUUGAGAAAAAUGUUUACUUGAUAUUUAUUUCCAUUGGACAGGGAUACAUUGUACCUUUAAAAUACUUGGCUUCAGCAUCAUGAUUUGGAUUAUGUUAAUGCUUUAAAGUACUCACAUUACCAUUACCAUUUACAAAGCACAAAGCAAUGACAUCAUCAAUUAAGACCAAGAGAAUUGAUGGGAGAAUCGCCCCAUGUAAGGGAAUCCGGAAUCCACGAAAUUUUAGGCUUUGGAAUCCGGAAUCCAGCACUCUGGAUUCCGGAAUCCAUGCAUUGGAAUCUGGAAUCCAGUUCAUAAUGGAAUCGGGAAUCCACCCUUUUGGAAUCCAGAAUCCGCUACUUUGAAAUUCAAGGUAUUCACUCAAAUGCUAUCGCCACAACCUAGACUGAACUGAUGUAGCCCCUCCCCCACUGUGUAAUAUGUCCACCAAGAAUGUCUGUCAUCGGAUGCUGAUUUAAUUGAUUAACGAUUCUACUUAUACUGGCAAGUAUAUCAAAUAUAAUUUUCAGAGAAAGUAACUGAAAAUUAACGAUAUGGAAUCCUGAAUCCGCAAUACAAAAGUUUUGGAAUCCGGAAUCCAGACCCUUGGAAUCYGUAAUCCAGAGUCUCGGAAUCCAGAAUCCAGCUCUUGGAAUCCGGAAUCCACCAUAAGUCCGGAUUCCCUUACAUGGGGCGAGGAGAAUAAGCACAUGACUGUAUCACCAUUAGCAAAGAUCUAUGUUUUAAAAAAGUUUCGAUUUAAGAAUACAAAAUAAUUGUUUUCUCUUUAAAAAUAAUUUGAAUAUUUUGCUUGAUGCUGGAAUUCAUUUUAUGGUCCAGAGUUAGGAUUUGUAUUUGACCCUUCAGUGCCAUGGUUGGUAAUGAGUCCAGCAGAGAGCUAUCAAGUCAUACACCAGCACUUGAAUGUCUCACUAUUGGUGCAGACUUAAUUCCUAAUCAGUUCUAAGCACCCACUUACCUCCAGAAUAAAACUAAGAUAGAUUGAUUUUACUUGGCUGUGAAACAAAGUUGCUUAAUACAGCUUUAAGUGAUUAAAACAGGAAAAAGCAAACACUCAGGAAAAAGCAAACAAUGCAAUGAUGUAUAAAAUUACUAUAUUUACUAUUUUUUUCAAAGAUGAAGUAAAAUCACACUAAUGUACAAUUAUACAUAUAGUAUUAUUAAUAAAUAAAAGGAAGAACAAAUUAAAAGACCAUACCUUUGAAUUUUA